AUGACCCAACAGGUGGAUGGUUACGCGCCUGGUGCUUUGGGAUAUAGUGGCUUGGGUCAGCAAUAUGGUGGUCUGGGAUUUCGUGGUCAGGACUCUUUUAACCUGGGAUACAGUGCUUUGGGGUACGGAGGCAAGGACUGUGUUAGUCCAGUAUAUCAUGGCGUGGGAUAUGGUCAACAGCAGUUUGGUGGUGUAGGAUAUCCUAGUACAGGAUAUGGCUCUCCAGGUUACAGUGGCAAGGACUAUGUUAAUCCAGUAUAUGAUGGCCUCGGAAAUGGUCAACAGCAGUUUGGUGGUCUAGGAUAUCUUAGUCCAGGAUAUGGUUCUCCAGGUUAUGGUGGCACAGGCCUUUCUUAUGAUGUCGAGAUCAACAUUCCAGCAUAUGAGCCGUAUGGGACUUUGCCUCUGCAGUAUCCCCAGUUUGGUGAUAUCGGAUUUGGUGGGAUAGGAUAUGGUGGCACGGGCCUUCCUGCUGUUAACGUCGAGAUUAACGAUCCAGCAUAUGACUCAUAUGGGCAGUUGUUAACAGUGAACGAAGCUGCAGUUCCUCUGGACUAUGGCCAAUAUAACCUACCUUCCACAUACACUGCACCUCUACCCACCUCAUAUCAAGGAGGCGUCGCAAUGAGGUCUGCUGUGGCGCAGCCGGUGGCGGCCGCGGAAGCCGCAGCCGACGGGGCCGCCACCGAGUAA